AUGCGCAGUAACCCUCCAUCAGCCCGGGGAGCGGGCGCCUGCGCCGAGGAGAGGAGCUGCCUUCGCUGCCGCCCACCGCUGUGCGGGAAGCGGUGCGCCGCUCCCUACCGGCCGGGAGGAGAAGGAAAGAGCACUGGAAACUGCUAGGCAAUCUGAAGACCACAGUGGAAGGACUGGUGUCCACCAGCAACCCAAAUGUCUGGUCUAAGUAUGGCGGUUUGGAGCGGCUCUGCAGAGACAUGCACAGCAUCCUUUAUCAUGGGCUCAUCCACGACAAGGUGUAUUGCAGACAGAAGGAUUACUGGCAGUUUGUGAAAGACAUUCGCUGGCUGAGUCCCAACUCUGCUCAUCACGUGGAAAAGUUCAUCAGCCUGCAUGAGAACGGCCAGCCCAACACAGAUGGCUUAAGCGAUCAAGCUGUUGCGAAGCUGUGGCUACAACAUAGCCUGCAGUUCCACUGCCUCUCGGCACAGCUGAAACCCCUACUGGGCAACAGGCAGUACAUAAGAAAAUUCUACACAGACACGGCCUUUCUGCUCAGUGACUCCCACGUCACGGCCAUGUUACAGUGCCUGGAGGCUGUGGAACAGAACAACCCCAGGCUCCUGGCUCAGAUCGACACGUCCAUGCUGGCCGGCACAUCACUGCCAUCCCUGUGUGUGUCAGGUCCCUCUGCUGGGACAAGAGAGACAUGUGACUGCGACGCUGAAGGACAUGAGAGCCGUCUGCCUGGGGCACUAGGCUGCCUGGAUCAUUGCACUGAGAGCCUGUUUACCAGGAAGAGUGAAGGUCCGUCUCCAGCGACAAAGAGUCAGAGCCUGACUGCCCUCCCUGGAUUCCUGCAUAUACCAUCUGCAGAGUGCACACAGCAGCGGUACUUUGGGUCCUUCUCUAGCCUGCAUCACCCAGCCUUCUCCGGCCUCUCAGACAGGAGACCAGCAAGCUCCUCUGUCUGCUCCCGCACCAGCCAGCCUCAGGAACACUGCCUGUCCACCAGGUCCUCCUCCUUCAGUGAGGGCAGGUCCCUUCUGGAGCAGCCCAACUCUGCCACCCGCUGUCACGUUCCCUCACCCAAAGACCCCUUCUCUCCGGCCAGUGAGAUGAGUUCCAGCACCACAAGCCAGAGCGAGGACACUUGGACGGGGAGUCAGGAGGAUCCGCAGAGCGAUGCUAAUGAUGGGCCGGAGUACCUGGCCAUUGGGAACUUGGGGCGCCGGGGCCGGGCCUGCAGCAGCGCCAGCAGCAACAGUACCAACAGCAACAAGAGCAGCAGCUCCAACCUGUUCUCCUCCAGCAGCUCCCAGAAGCUGGACUCGGUCUCCUCCUUGGGAGACCAAGGGGCGAGUGGUGGAGGUGGAAGCAGGGGCAUGAGCCUGUUACGCCGGUCCAGCUUCUCGGAGGGGCAGGCAUCAGCUCCACAGGGCAUCCUGAAGAAGAGCCACAUGCGCUCGCACUCUGAUACCAAUGUGGCUUCGGGGAAAUUACAUGAGUCCCAUGGUGACACAGGCGGAGGAAGAGGGCCCAUCUCUGGUUCCACCCAGAGCAGUGAAGUGAGCACACCCAGCUCCCUCUACAUGGAGUAUGACUCUGGCCAGUACCUGAGUUCAGGGGAAGGGAUGUUCAGAAGACCUUCAGAAGGGCAGUCCCUCAUCAGCUAUCUCUCUGAACAGGACUUUGGCAGCUGUGCAGACCUGGAGAAGGAGAAUGCCCACUUCAGUAUCUCAGAGUCACUGAUUGCUGCCAUUGAGCUGAUGAAAUGCAACAUGAUGAGCCGGCAGCUGGAGGAGGAGGAGGAAGACAGCGACAAGGAGAUCCAGGAGCUUAAACAAAAGAUUCGCAUUCGUCGCCAGCAGAUCCGCACCAAGCACCUGUUCCCUACCUGCCAGAUGGGCUCAGACAGCCUUGUGGCGACAGACAGUGAGUUCCAGUUCAGCUCCCAUGGCUCCAUGCAAUUGUCGGAUUCAGGCUCUGCAGAGGAUGUGGAAGAGUAUGAGAUCCAAGAUGGUAACGAUGGAUCUAACCUGAUUCAAAUGUCCAAGAACGGCCUCUCAGUGUCAAUGGCUUCCUUAUUCUCAGAUGCAGACAUCAAGAGGAACCCAGCCUCCAGCAGGAAGUCCUUUCGGUCCUCGGAGUCCAUAUCCCACUGCUUCCUCAAUUCAAACUCAGCAGAGGCUGUGGCCAUGGGUUUGCUGAAGCAGUUUGAAGGCAUGCAGCUCCCAGCUGCCUCCGAACUGGAAUGGCUGGUCCCAGAGCACGAUGCACCCCAGAAGCUGCUGCCCAUCCCUGACUCUCUGCCCAUCUCUCCCGACGACGGAGAACACGCUGACAUCUACAAGCUGAGGAUUCGUGUGCGUGGAAACCUGGAGUGGGCGCCUCCGCGACCACAGAUCAUCUUCAACAUUCACCCAGCCCCAACGAGGAAGGUGGCUGUGGCCAAGCAGAAUUACCGGUGUGCUGGCUGUGGCAUCCGGACAGAUCCUGAUUACAUCAAGCGGCUGCGGUACUGUGAAUACCUGGGGAAAUAUUUCUGCCAGUGCUGCCAUGAGAAUGCCCAGACAGUUAUCCCCAGCCGCAUCCUGCGCAAGUGGGACUUCAGCAAGUAUUACGUGAGCAACUUCUCCAAAGACCUGCUGAGCAAGAUCUGGAGUGACCCACUCUUCAACGUGCAGGAUAUCAAUGCUGCCCUGUACCGGAAGGUGAAGUCUCUCAACCAAGUGUGGCUGCUGCGAGUCCAGCUCUUCCACAUGAAGAACAUGUUUAAGACCUGCCGACUGGCUAAAGACCUCCUAGACUCCUUUGAUGCGGUGCCUGGACAUUUGACGGAGGAUUUGCACCUCUACUCCCUGAGCGACCUCAGCGCAAUGAAGAAGGGAGACUUGGUGCCUCGCUUGACAGAGCUUCUGAAGGCAGGCAGCCUGCACGUUCAGAAGUGCAUGCUGUGCCAAGCCAAAGGCUUCAUCUGUGAGUUCUGCCAAAAUGAGGACGACAUCAUCUUCCCCUUUGAGCUCAACAAGUGCAGGACGUGUGAAGAGUGCAAAGCCUGCUACCACAAGUCCUGCUUCAAGUCCUCCCACUGCCCCCGCUGUGAGCGACUCCAAGCCCGGAGAGAGCUGCUGGCCAAGCAGAGCAUGGAGUCCUAUGUCUCGGACUAUGAAGAUGAGCUGGAGCAGCAGGAGGCAGUGGCAGCCACAUGAGCAUGUCACGACGGAGGAGCAGAUAGUGGGUUUAUUUAUGCCUGUGGCCUUCGUCACCAGAGACUGAGUGGACUCCGAGCCAAAUGGACUCGCGAUAAGGAGGACCAGUGGGAGGACUGGCUUGCUGGGUGCCUGGAGCCCCGUCUCAAAGGGAUCUGUCUUCCCCUAUGUGGCAGUGCUGAGCUGGGGAAGGGGGAUCUUCCAUCAUCUGGUCUGCUCCAGGUACCAGUUACACCCGCUGAUGCCUUUGCUUGGGGAAAGGCAGCUGCUCCUGUCUGUCCUGCAGGCAGAACAUGGGCCUUUACCAAGCAGUUGCUAGCGUGCCUCUCUGCACCCUUCACCUUUGGGUGCUGCUGGCCAGGCAGGGUUGCGCUGCCAGUCCCCGUGCCCUUCUCCCCAAGCAGGGUCUCCAGAGGGGUCGGCACUUUCUGCUCGUCAGCUGGACGCUAAAAGCUCUGGCCAUGUCUGCUCCCUGGAGGGGGGAUCAGCUCUACGACUCCUUCCAUCCUGUGCCCUGCUGCUGGUGUGUGUGUGGGGGGAGUUUUGGGGCGACUGUGGAUUUAACGGCUUCCUUCUUCAGAUCUGGCUUGGGAGUGAGCAGGGGGCCUUUACCUGCCAGAGACCACUUGCUGUCACUCUAGAUUCAAGCAGAGGAGGCACAAUGGUGAAAAUGACAGAUUUCUCUCUUGCCUCUCCCUGCUGUCUGAGCAGGCUGCUUUCUUCCCCUUUUGCACCGCAACGUGCGCUGCAGAGAGACGCGUUGCCCAGGGAGUAGCUGGGAGUGCGGCUGCACAAGGGGACAGUGUGGCCAGGCUUUCAGUGGAGGCAGAUUUGCGUGGCAGGAGAGCACAGUAAGUGAAGCAAGGGGGGAUCCUCGCCCAAGCGAGCUGUGCAGUGAUGGGAUCUAGUGCCCAACUGCUCUGCCCAUCCCUUCCUCCUCACGCUACUGGUCUGUCCUCCUGGGGGAACAAGUCCUUCUGUAAUGGUCACGUGUGACCUCAACCCUGGCAGUGGCACGAGGACCUGCCUGCUGUGCAGGUAUCUUGUACCUGGGAUCGUUUGGGAUGUGUGCAAAGUUUGUUUUUCAGCCCUCUGGUCACCUCCCCCCAGCCUCUGCCUCAACUUGUUCUUUUAGGUUGUUUCUUUUAAAUUUGCUGGAUUUGGUUCUAUUUUUUUAAUACGGCUGUUUGUCUUUUUAACUGUUCCUCUGGGAGGUGGUGCUUGAAAGGCCUCCAUAGGGGGCAUACAAAUUGCUUGGGACUCUUACUGAUAUAAAACCCCCAGAGCUUUUCUGCUCCCUGCAGCUUGUCUCUGAGCAGGGCUGGCGUUUGCCAGGUGUCCCUUCUCCCCACAGCUAUCCUGCUCCCUGUGGGGAAGGGGUACCUGGCCCAGGCAGAGCCUUGAGGCUUCCUGACUGCAGUGGAGCGGGGGGGGCGGGCUGCCUGCCUGCAGUGGGAGCACACUUGGGAGAGGGGUUUGGGAACGGGGUAUUGAAAGGGUCAAUCUCUCACCAACACUGAGCUGACCUGCCAUUACCAACAGCUCUGGGUGCUGAGACCCUGCAGCACGCAGUGAGCGCUGUGUUGUGGGCCAAGUAGUCUCUUUAGAAGGUGUCUCUGUGUAAUGUGGGGAUGCUUACUUGGUCUCAUGACAUGGAAGGGAAGAACACAGGCAGGUGUCCAGCAAAACCUUAGCAUGGGUGGGAAGCACCUGCCUGAUCUGGCCGUCACGUGUUAGGAAGAACAGUUUGGCCCGUGUACGUGCAAGAAGGGUGCUGAGGGACAGGGGGGCAAUACAGUGGCAGAAGGCAUUUAUGGGCACUAGCUCUUGCAGCACAUGCCCUUGCUUGAGGCUUGGAUGUGAUCUCUUGUGGGCUGCCCCUGCUGAGUGACAGCAGAAUUGUAGGGGUGAAGCUGGGAUGUGGAGACCUGGCCGUGGGGCAGGCGGAAGGCAAGGCCUGGCCGAGCGAGAGGUGCUCGGAGGAGCAGGCAUCCCAAGCCUUGCUCGAGGGGAGAGGCUGUUUCACAGCAGCAUCUCUGCCUCACUGCCCUGCUGGAGGUGGUGGAGCCCUAGUGUGAUAGAUCUGGCUGAGAUCUUGCAGCGAUGCUGCUGUGUGGGCCCAGGUGAGUGGUAGCAGCUUUCCGGGGGUGGGAUGCUGGUAGCUGCGAUGGAGUCUGUUCUGUGUCAUAAUUCAUGGGCGCAGCCUGUUCCCUGGGGAAGCUGCACCAAAAGCUGCAGAUCUGGCAGGGCUCUCUGGGGAAGUCGCCCCCAGCUCUGCCCUUGCAUCAACCCAGGGAAGAGAGGCUGGGUGCUCUGCAACAUCCUGGCAAAGCCAGGCUCUGCUAAAUACCAGCUCCUGUGGGCCUAGCAUGUGAAAGGCCGUUUAGUUCCCUACCUGCUCGCCUGUUUUUUUUGCGUCUUCCUGCCUUUGUCCUGCUUGUUCUCCCCCGGGGAGCAGCUGCUCUUUUGCUCACUGUUUCAGCCAGUGGGCAUUCACCAGCCUGAACUCUGCAAGCUCUGGGGCUGCCAGAAGCUGGUCCCAGCUUGCCAAUGGAGAGCAGUGCCUCGGUUCUUGCCUGCUGUCUCUCUGUGCUGACCCCCUCGUGCUGCUGUCCAGCUCAGCAAAGACUGCGACAGCCUCCCUCCCCGAAUGUGUCUGAGCUGGUAUCCCCCCUCCUAGGAGCUGGCUCAGAGCAGUGCAACUUCAGCCACGCUGUUUUGUUUGAAGCACUUUAAUGUCGUGGGACACUGGCCGAGACACUGCCCAUGACUGUUUCUAGAAGCACUGAGUAUGUUUAGAAAAAAGUGAAUGGAUUUUGGUUUAUUUGUAUUUUCCACCCUCCGCCAUGGGCUCAAUCUGGAAGCACCACGGGACUCGAAACCGGGCGGCGGUCUCCAGCGCAAGGUUAUGCACAACACUAACACUGCUGCCUUUCCCUGGCAGCACAGCACUGACUGCUAUGAGUAACACUGGGAAGGGUCAAGGCACGCGAGCUCUUUGUAAGUAGAGAGCAAGGGGCUGCCCCAGGCAGUUGACUGGAGCCCUCCCAACUGGACUAUUGCACAGCAUAGCAACGAAAAUGCCGUCCCUAAUAAACUAAGUUAAUAAAUAA